CAGAAAACUGGACGGACACAAAGGAGACCCUGCUGGAAGGGAUGGUGUUCAAUGUCAAGUAUCUUGGUAUGACCCUGGUGGGCCAACCUAAAGGAGAGGACAUGGCCUCAGCUGCCAUUCGAAGAAUCGUUGCAACGGCCAGAGCCAGUGCCAAGAAGUUUCGGAAGGUAACCCUGACGGUGUCUCCAAAGGGCAUAAUCAUCUCAGACACAGAGACUGCAGAUCUAAUCGAGAACGUCUCAAUAUACAGAAUCUCAUACUGCACCGCAGAUAAAACUCAAGACAAGGUCUUCGCUUACAUCUCCCAAAGCCAGUUCAACGAGACUCUUGAGUGUCAUGCAUUCCUCUGCCAAAAAAGAAAAAUUGCUCAGGCUGUGACUUUAACUGUAGCCCAGGCUUUUAAAGUAGCGCUGGAUCUUUGGGAGAUUGCUCAGGAAGACAAAAACAAGAAAGUGAGGACCUGCUGUUCCUGUUCAGCCAACGACGGACAGACGGAGACGACAGAGACGCAGUGUGUUCCUUCAGCCUCCCAUCCACACCAGCCCUCCCCCUCACAUCCUGCAGCAAACAAGCCCACUGGGAUGGAGGAGAAGCCCCGGAGGCCCUUCUUCUCUGCUUCUCUCAGCUCGCCAUCACCUCGCAGUAACCCAACCCGGAGACGGCCAAUUAAACACGACUCUUGGGAUGUGGAGGAUGGAUUUGAUGAUGUCUUCUCAAGCAACAUGGAGGUGGAUGAAGCAAGCACUGACUGGCCGAGCCCCACUCCAAACCCGUCUCUGACAAUGCAGCUCUGAGUCCCUGGGAGGUCUCCGGAGAGAAUCUGUUGCCUAUUGGCAACAAUUAUUUUCAAUAACACCAGCUGGCAAUAGAUGCCCGUCACACAGCAUCAAAGAAAUUGAACAGAAAGCACACACUGCUGCCCAAGAAAGACGGAAAACAAACAGAGUCUGCAUAAACCGAGUCAGGGAGGCUGUGUUGUUGUUUCUUCUGCAGCGAAGCCAACAAUACAUAAGCUAAUACUGUAAAGGCUCUCCAACUUGCACUCUGCUUAGAGUAAAGAGUAAGCAGCUAUCACUGGUCACAAUGAGAUUCUUACAAACUAGGUAGGGAAAUAUGGGUCACUCAGUGAGCAGUACAAGGCAAGCAAGACCUAAAUAUCUGCUGUGUGAAAUUCCCACAGAGGAUCAGAUUGUGAUUUCAGUGAAAGUUGCGUAAAAACGUCUAAUAAUCACAGCCCAUAAAUGUGUUUAACAGACUUGUUUCUGAAAAUUGGAAAGCUAUUUAAUCUUCUUCUUUUGGCUGCCAACUUCUCUGCAAAGAGUCCAAUGUUUGAAACAUUAGAUCCUGGCCUGAGACAGAAUAAAUUACACAGUACAAGUGCCAUCUGGAUCAUGUGUGGUUCUUGCAGUGCCAGACUCAUCAUGCAAUCCUAUGUGGUUAUUUUAUUGACAAUAUUAAGAAAGGGCAAAGGUUUACGCUCCGCGGCUACAUUAUUAGGUACACCUUUUCAACAGCUUGUUAACACAAACAAGCCAGAAACAUGGGAGCAACCAGGUGGUGUGAAGAUGACUUGGGAUUUUCUUGCAGGCCCAUGUCUCAGAAUAAGAGCUCAAAUAACAUCUUGUUAUAACCAAAGUGUGUGGAAUACAAUCUCCGAGUCCACAACACGUCAACCCUUUGGCACAAGUGGGAUGUAGACGGAAAACCAGAUGGGAAAACAGUCAGCUGUUGCUACGGUACAGGCUCCCUGAAAUGUGAUCACAACACAUUGAGAGACUGUCGCCUAGCCUGGCGAGUCUCUAUUUCAGCUGCAAAGUUCAAAUGAUAGGGUCAGAAAUUGAGGUGAAUUACAUGAAGCAUGGGUCCUUCAUACCUUGUAUGAUGCUUGUGCUACCGGAGGGAUAAUGCACCAUGGAACAAAACUCAAAAAUGACCAUGUCAUUAGCGAACUCUAACUGCCUCCAUGGUCACUAGAGCUCAAUCCAAAAGGGCAGCGUUGGGAAGUAGGAGAACUGGAGAUAGACGUCAUGGAUGGUCAGCUGACAAAGCUGCUAUAACUGUGAAGCGAUUAUGUCUCUAUGGAUCAAAAUCUAUGAUGGAAAUUUCAGAAACAUUGUUGAAGCUCUGCUAAUAAUUUUAGAUUUGGGUCUGACCCAGCAUUAUAAAGAUGUACCUAAUAAGGUGGCUGGUGAGUGUAGACCUUCAGCGUUUUGGCCCCGGAUUUUUAUUUGCUUGGUCCCAUACUUGAGGUAGAUGUUGUGGCUUUGCUCAUUCUCUGUGAUCACGGAACUGUGAUCUUUCGUUUUGUUUAAUCUAUUAACAAAACAACAGGGGAAUCUGUGUCAUUAAUGUUUAAGAUCUUUGAAAAUAGAUGAGAUUGUUAAUUUUUCUAAUGAAAUUGAAGUGUUUCUGCAGAGAACUGCUACAAACGUGCGAACUGGGAACCAAACUGCCUGAAAGUUGUUUCCUCCAAAACAGUCGCAGUGCUAAACCAGACCUGAUACAAGAUUUGUUCUAUGACUGGUUUGAAUGAAGAUGGUGAGAAGCAAGUUAGUUUUUCCACAGUCAGAGAGCCACCUCAGAGUUAUACCAUCACAUUAUUUAAAUGUUAUGCAAUUCUUGCAUUAUUUCCGUAGAACAUCGCAGUGUAGGUAAAGAGCUUAACUAUACUGUUACUGCACUGGUGCCCUCAUGUCUUAACUUUGAUAUGUCACACAGACUGAUUAGUGACGCCCUAUGGUCCAAGGUUUUUAUCUUCAACAAUUUUUCUUCAGCACAUAAAAAACUUGGCCAAAAAGCACUAAUGCGUGGCUCCAUCUACCUGGAACAUUUCACAGCAGAACCUAAAGUUGUAAAGUUUGACCUUGAAUCCCCUUUGAACAAACAUUGUUCAUUGGGGUUUGGCAAAUCUUUAAAAAAAAGCAACCUACCAGCUUUUAGCAUUAUAAAAUAUUCUGUUAGGAAUAUUGUUGUGAUUUUCUAUAAUUGGGGCCUCUUAUACAAUCUUAUCUUGCUUAACACUGCCAGGUUUUUGUUGAUUGGAUGAGUCUUGUUUGUAAUAAAUUGUAUUUUAUAUUCUGUAAUAGUUUAAAUAGCUCUAUCUUAACAAUGAGACAUAAAGUCUCAUUGGAGCUCAGCUGUAUAAAAAAAAGGAUAUGAAUACAGUGCCUUGUAAAAGUAUUCACUCCCCUUUGCUUUUUACUUAUUUUGUUAUAUUCCAAACUGUAAUUUAAAUGUUUAGUUUAAAAUCUUAUUUCCGGUGAUGGAUCUUCACAAAAUAGACUAGGGUGGUGGAGUGAAAUGUGCUUAUGUAUCCACCUGUUUGCUAUAAAGCCCCCACAUAGUUGCAGCACAACCAAUUACCUUCAAAAGUCACAUGAUUUGUGAAAUAAUGUCCACCUGUGUACAAUCUAAGUGUCCAAUGAUCUGUUGGUAUAAACUCACCUUUUCUGAACGGCCCCAGGGGCAGCAGCACCACUAAGCAAGAGAGACAGUACAGAGACCAAAGGUAAGCCUGAAGAAGCUGCAGAGCUCUACAGCAGAGACUAGAGGAUUUGUCCAUAGGACCACAAUAUACCGUACACUCCAUAGAGUUCGGCUUUGUGGACAAGUGGCAAAAAAAAGCCAUUGCUUACUGUUAACAAUGAGAAGGCAUGUCCUGGUUUAGCCAAAAGGCCUGUGGGCAACUCCCAAAAUGUAUGGAGGAAGGUGCUCUGGUCAGAUGAGACUAAAAUUGAACUUUUCUACCAAGGAAAACGCCAUGGCUGGCUCAAAGCCAACACAUUCGGUCACCCCAAGAACAUUAUCCCACAGUGAAACAUGGUGGUGGCAGCAUCAUGCUAUGGGGAUGUUUUCCAGCAGCAGGGACUGGGAAACUUGU